AUGGACCAUUUUAAUCUGGCAGGGCCGGAGUCGAAUACGAGUAUAACGAGCCUCGAAUGGCUGGGUAUCAAGAACUCAUUCACUGGCUCCCAUUGGGCACACAUUACGGGUCUCUCGGAGCUUCAUCCAACAGGUUUUCUUUGCUUGAUAGCCACAUUGAUUAUUGGCAUUGUUCACUUGACCAGGGGCCCCAAGCCUACCGUUCUGCCUGUUGUCAAUCCCCCCGGUACAUUUGAGCUGACAGCGAACCGAGUAAAGAAGGAAUGGCUAGUAGAUGCAAGGCAGAUUAUCCGGAGGGGAUUCGAAAAAUUCCCUGGAAAACCAUUUAACAUGAUCGCUGCUGAUGUGGGAUUGACAACGGUCCUGCCACCAGAAUACGCCAGUGAAAUUCGAAAUAACCCAAGCCUUAGCUUUGUCGCCUUCAUGGCUCAUUUGUUUUUCAGCGAACUGCCCGGAUUUGAGCCUACCAGGGAAGGGAUGUUUGAUAAUGAUAUUGGCAUCACCGUCGUUCAUAAGUAUCUCACAGUAAAUCUAGCUCGAAUCACUGAACCUCUGUCACGGGAGGCCACGGCCGCGUUGAAGGAUAUAUUCACCGACAAUUCAGAAUGGCAUGAUGCCAAUUUGAAAGCCAUCAAUCUCGCCUUAGUUGCUCGAUUGUCGUCCCGCAUUUUCCUGGGAGAAGAGCUUUGUCGGAACGAGGAGUGGCUCAAAAUCACCGUUAACUACACAGUUGACGUGAUGAAGGCGGCAGAGAGACUCCGCAGAGUGCCUGGUCCGCUUAGACGCAUUGUCCACUGGUUCCUCCCCGAGGCCCAGAAGUGCCGCGAUGAAGUCAAGCGCGCUGGAAAGGUCAUUCGGCCCGUGUUGGAAAAGCGACGGAGAGAGAAAGCGACGAUGGAGUCCGAGGGUAAGGAGGCCUUGCAGUACAAUGAUGCCAUAGAAUGGUUCGAGCAGAUGGCCAAGAGUCAAGGUACCUCCUAUGACCCAGAGGUGGUGCAGUUGUUUCUUUCGACCGUGGCCAUCCAUACAACCUCGGACCUGUUGACCGUGGUCAUGGCGGAUCUGGCUCGCAAUCCAGAGAUAAUUGAGCCACUGCGGGAGGAGAUUUCCUCAGUACUCCGAGACGGUGGGUGGAAGAAGACGUCGUUGACCGAUAUGAAGCUUUUGGAUAGUGUGCUCAAAGAGUCGCUCCGAUUAAAGCCCAUUGCUGUUGUUUCCAUGAGGCGGGUCGCCAUGGACCAUCUGAAGCUCUCGGAUGGUACGUUCCUACCCAAAGGUACCAAGAUGGCUGUUUCGUCGCACCGCAUGUGGGAUCCGGAUGUAUAUGAGAACCCGGAACAGUGGGAUGGCUUUCGAUAUGUCAAUCUACGCGAAACCCCGGGACAGGACAAACAUGCCCAGUUUGUGUCGACAAGCGAGCGCCAUCUGGGCUUUGGACAUGGUAAGCACGCCUGUCCCGGUCGGUUCUUUGCUUCUAGUGAGCUUAAGGUCGCGCUGUGCCACAUUCUGAUGAAGUAUGACUUUGAACUGGCCCCCGGAACGGUUGUACAGCAUCGCUACUCGGGGGCAUCGUACUACGCAGACCCUGCCAUUCGUGUGAUGCUUCGAAGGAGAAAUGUCGCAUUGCCUUCUUGGUUUGAGCGAUAA